GAUAUGGUCGUUCGAGCUAUCAUCAACGAUCCUACCUUAUUGAAGAAUGAAAGAUCGCGCUACGAUCAGUUUGUUCACCUUGUCCUUAAUCCUUUGAAGUUCCUGAGACGUUACUGGCACGAGACGGGCAAGCUGAUGACCAUGAUCCUCGAUGCCCUAGACGAAUGCGAGGACUCUGAUCAGAGCCCUCUCGCUCAGGUCGUAGAAUUCAUCGAUCGGGCACUCCUGGAGGAAGAGAGCGACCGAAAAUGCGCUACUUUUUUUCAUAUCGUAGUGACUAGCCGACCCUACCAGAACAUUCAGAACGUGAUGAACGACAUGCGAUCGUUGCUGCCCUUCGACAUAGGCGACUUUGAUGCUAAGGAAGAUAUUUUUCUUCCGCACCCGUGGCCACCGGAGCAAGAGUUCCAGCUUCUAGCGGAGACAGUUUCCCGACGUUUCAUCGUUGCAGCAACAGUUAUGAGGCUGCUGAACCGGAAACCUGGACCAAUGCUUCCAUCAUUUCUCCGUGCCCUCUUGCAAAUAAGAAGCCUAAGGGACAUCGAUGAGCUGUAUCGCCAUGUUAUCGCCUCUUCAGAGCACGCGGAUAGAGCUGCGUCCCUUAUCAGAACCAUUUUGUCGCUUUCCCAGCCAUUAUCCGUCACCGACAUCUCAAGGCUUUCAGGAUAUGAUGUUCGCCCAAUUCUUGACUCCGCAGCAGCCGUUGUUUGGAUCCCUCCUAUUGGCUCGAAAGAGCCAGUUGCCACAUAUCACACUUCGCUUCGUGACUUUUUCUGGGAUUCUACUCGCUCAAAAGACUUCUAUGUCCAUCCCCCCAUCUCCCAUUGCCGUAUAGCCUCUAGUUGCAUAUGCAUUAUGAUGCAAACACUGACCAAAGAUAUCUGCGGAAUUGACGAUCCAGCGCUAUUACAUUCUGACAUCCCAGAGUUUUCCAACAGGCGCGACGCGACUAUAACCCCUGCAAUUGCUUAUGCAGUAACUCAUUGGAUUGGCCAUGUAUGCGAAGCAUCACCAGAUCCUGAGCUACGGCACCAGCUCUUGCAGUUUUUGCACAGCCAUCUCAUUUACUGGAUUGAAGCUGCCUCUUUAAUUGAAGCGCUGCCUGUAUGCAUCUCUCUCCCUAAAGUUGUCAGCAUUGUUAACAGCUGGUAUUCGGCUUCUGAAAAAGACUCAGUCACUUCUCUCCUUCAUGACGCGUAUAGACUCGUUCUCGAGUUCUAUGAGCCGAUUCAGCAAUCAGCAUUACACGUUUAUCAUACUGCACUCUCGCUGUGUCCAUUGAACACUAAGCUCCGGGAUAUUUAUAGGGAAGACCUUGACAGGGCAAACUUGAUCGCCGAAGAGGGCUUGGGUCAACAUUGGAGCGCUGUACUUCGGACGAUUGACUUCAAUGACAAGAGAUUGGUCUGCGUAUCUCAUAACGGUCGCUUUGCCGCGGUUGAGGCACCCAGUGAUCAAGCUGAAAUGGGGAAAUGCAUCGAAGCGUGGGACAUCACCACCAAUGUCAUAGUUGGCUCCCAACAGGUACCGUAUCAAGGUACCUCUCAUUGCCUAUUCUCGCGCGACUCCUCCUGCCUAGUGUACUACGGGUCAUCAAAGCCAACUCAAGCAACCGAAGAUCCUAUGUACAGCUGUGUUCAGCUCUGGAUUCUUUCAAGGCGUGUUGUCAUCCCAAUACAGGUCUCGUGUGCCAAUGCAUUUGCUAUCUCUUCGGAUGGACGUCGCCUUGCAUGGCUCAGUAAGCAAGAUCAUUCGCUUACUGUUAUGCAGCGGCAUGAUCGUCCGUCUGGAUCAGAGACGGAUCUUCUUACUCGCAUACCCCUCACAAACGCGGAACUUUCUGACAAUCCUCAUUUGAUGUUGUCGUUUUCGUGCUUGAACACCUGGAUUCUAGCGUGCUAUGCCGGUAGAGCUAUGGUGUGGGAUACCGUAGACGGACGUAUUAUUUUGGACAAAACCAGCACUCCAAGCGACUGGUUUGUAAUCAGCUCUGAUGAAAGAUACCUCAUACGUCUCAGAAACUUCCCUGAUGAUUCAUCUACAAGCAUCUACCAGCUACGCUUCUUCCCUCUCCGCCAAAGUUACCGUUUCACCCUUUACGGAUCUCUCACCGGAUACACCCAAUCCUGGCCUCCUUCUCGAUCUAAGCCUCAGCACCUCUCGGGGGGUUCGGUCAUGAAAAUCGGUGAUGUCUUCUAUAUGCCACAUCUUGUCAGAUUAGGAAGGAUUCUCUUGCAUUCGGUGUUGACAGUCGAGAGCACCGAGUUUUUGCCCAAGAUCCUCUCCGAUACCCGUCUUGACUUGAUUGACCCAUCUUUGACAAUAUUCAUUCCAUCCCAAAAUGGCGCGCAGGCUGUUUAUGUAAACGACCACCUGCCAUCCGUAAUCGCCUUCUCGGAGAGGGGAGACCUUUGGGCACAACAAGCGAGGAACCAUACCACAGUCAUCUACCAGGUCGACCCUCAUAAACGUCGACUUGAAAUCCCGCAUGGAAGCAGUGUGGCCUACAGCGUUUUCUCUCCUAACUCCGUCUACUUCGCUGAUUUUGAAGACGGAUUUGGAGUGCUUAACGUUUGGGUAUUGGAAACAAAGAAGAACCUAAAACUGUUCUCCGUGCUUUGGGCGGCAGCUGUCACCGAGACCAUCGCAAGCGAAAUGCAGGACUUCGUCAACAUUCGGUUCACCCCUCACGAUGACAAGCUCGUGUGCAUCUACUUUCAAGGCUCCUAUCGUGGCUCAAUUGAAGUACUAUGCGUAGAUAUAAACCGGAAAGUGCUGCACCGUAAUGCGGUAUCGUUCUUAGACAACCUCCCGUUUGGAUUACCUUCAGACUCUCUCGCGUCUGUUCUGAUGAAUGGCGAGGAUAAUCUUUUCUGCGUAUCCCCAGUCAGGAACGCAAAAUACGAAGACCAACAGGAUACAGUGGUGAUUCGUUGGGACUGGAAAAAGUUACCAUACACCGAGGACUAUUCGACGCCACGAACAAUCUGCCGGUCUUACCGGGCCUCGUGCAAACUAGCCUCAAGCCUUGCCUCAACUCCGCUGAUGCGACUUACUAGGCUCUCGCCAAAAUUCGAUAAGGCUAUCAUACAGGCUCUUCCUUUGGAUGUUGACGGUCACGGUAUAUCGCUGGUCUUGGAGAGGACUUCCGAGGCGACCAAGUCUAGAGUACAAGAUGUGCUCAUGCCUAAAUCCACGUACUUCUCCUGCUCAUCGACAUUCGAACCUGCAAGACAAGGUAGCAACAGGCCACAUGAAGGCUGGCCAUCGAUACUCGAGUCGAAGGACGAGGAUGUUACCUUGGCUGGGUUUGGGCUUAUCCGGACAGGGCCCCUUGGUACCAUAUACGACACUACUCGUGUGGAUUCCUCACCGAUACAGGCCAAAGCCUGA